ACCCUGGCUAUUAACCGAGGGGAGAGUCUGAAGAUUUUGACAGUGAAGGUGAACAUUCCCGACAGGGUGAAGAAUGAUUUCACGAGGUGGUGCAUCGACAACAGGUGGAAACCAAAAACGUUUGCUAGAGAAGAGCAUUGGGCGAUCGUCAGGAGUGCGAUUGAUGACUCUUACAAAAGGCUUAUUCUGCCCUUCCUAACUAGAAAUUACAGGACUAAGCUGUCAAGUACAGCAGAGAAGGAGUCGAUCGCCAUGUUUGUGAGUAACCUCCGGCGCUGCCUGUUGGUGGGUCCAGUCCGCGGCUGUGUCAUCUUGGGGGUGGACCCCGGCUUUAGACAUGGCUGUAAGCUGGCAGUUCUCUCCCCCACGGGUCAGAUCAUCCAUACUGAUGUUGUCUACCUGCAUAAUUCAGGCCAGCAAAGAGAAGUGGACAAACUGCGCCACCUAAUGAUGACAUACAGCUGUACUAAUGUUGUCAUCGGCAACGGGACAGCAUGUCGUGAGACUGAGUCCGUCUUCGCUGACCUCAUCUCUAGGCGCUGCUUUCACCCCCUGGACGUGUCUUACUGUAUAACCAGUGAGGCAGGAGCAUCAAUCUACAGUGUGAGUCCUGAGGCAGUGAAAGAGUUACCGGACAUGGACCCCAACCUGAGGAGUGCAGUGUCUAUAGGAAGACGCGUCCAAGAUCCAAUGGCUGAGCUCGUGAAGAUUGAUCCGAAACACAUCGGCAUCGGAACAUACCAGCAUGAUGUGUCAGCCGGAGCUCUGAAGGCGGCUCUGGACGGCGUGGUGCAGGAGUGUGUGAGCUUCGUCGGGGUGGACAUCAACAUCUGUUCCGAGAUGCUGAUGAGGCAUGUGGCAGGCCUAAAUGUAGGGCGGGCCAAGAGUAUUGCAGAAUGGAGAGAGCAGAAUGGUCCCUUCAACAACAGGGAACAACUCAAACUGGUGAAAGGCAUGGGGCCCAAAACCUACCAGCAGUGUGCCGGCUUCAUCAGAAUAAACCUGCAAACACUACACAGUGCCAAAUCCUCGCCUCACCCUGUACCUGAGAAACCAGCAGCUAAGAAAAGCAAAGGAAAGACUUGCGUCAACAUACCGACCUCAUUUAACCCCCUGGACCAGACCUGCAUUCACCCCGAGUCCUACCACGUGGCAGAGAGGUUUCUGUCCCUCGUGGGUGGGAGUGCAGACCAGAUCGGGAGUGCAGGCUUGCGACAGUGUGUGGAGAGCAAGGUACGGACCAGCAGUGUGGAGGAACUGGCCAAGACCGUGGACAGCACACCUGAGACCCUCAAACUCAUCAUCGAUGGCCUCGUGCAGCCCCCCGGGUUCGACAUAAGACAAAGUUUUGGGAAGGCGGUCUUUAAGCGGGGCAUUGUAUCGAUGAGUGAUCUGCGGGUGGGUGCAGUGCUGACGGGCCAGGUGGACAACGCCACUCUGUUCGGGGCUUUUGUAGAUAUCGGGGUUGGCCGCUCGGGUCUUAUCCACAAAAGCAAAAUCACACUGGACAAACUGCCUGCAAGUCAGCGCCGCCGCAGCCUGGCUCUUGGACCUGGGAUGCGGGUGGAGGUCCGGGUCCUCAAUGUGGACCCUCAGAGGGGACGGAUCGGGCUGGACCUGAUCAGGGUCCUGCAAUAGAUUCACUUAUUUCCCAUAUUUCAUUGUCAUAAAAGUUACACACAAAGCUGCUGAAAAGGCAACGUCUUCAUGAUAUUUACAUGUUCUUAUAAGCAGAUUCAAACUAUUUAAGUGUAUUUAUAUGAAUUCCUCUAAUGACGGUUUAUUUGCCAGGGCCUGCAAUUUCAAAAUGCAAUUUCAGCCUUUUUCCUGCAAAUAUAUUCAAUUCAAUAAAUACGGUUGUAUAUAUAAAACUUCCUCACAGUUAUGCUAAAGGUGGGAAGACUUCAUUUCCCCUGAAGAAGUUUUUCUCAGGUAGAUUUAUUUUUCUGCCUGUUUAUAAUCCCUGUGUAUCUUUUGAUUGAACGCCAAACCUAAGUGCGUAAUUCAGGGCAACAAAAAUGUUAUCUUUAUAUUAGAUAGUUAACUUCCCAUCUAGCAUUCUGCACAAACUACUUUCUCCUAGAGAAGAUUUUGAGAAGCUGAGACAGUUUAUUGCUUAUUAGCAGAAGAUUGCUUCAUGAUAAUAAUUUAAAAUGACUCUUUCUGUAUUCCCACCCUUGUUCUGCUUUGAAGUGCUCCGAACAGUUUGACAAUACACGUGUUUGUUUCUUCUUUUGAAGAAGAUUUAGUUUGCUGUGUAUACUGUGUUCGGUUAUCAAUCUGCGACUGGCUUAUCGUUUCAAUUAAAAAAUAUUUUCUGUAUACCUCUUGAUUUAUAUUUUCUGAAAAUGAUGAAUUCUGCAAAGUAUGUACUGA